CCUUCGGUUUGGAAAUUAUUUCAACAGUGCAAUUGUGAUUGCACGUACAAGAUUCAACUCGGUUCAAAUAGAUUUCCGUCGCUAUGAAACUGCUACAUUGUCUAACACUCAUUGCUGUUAUAGCCGCGGUCUUGGCUGCACCACAAGGAGACACCGAAAUUUUAGAAAACUCUGUGGAAAAUAUUGGAAUUGGCGGUUAUAGUUUUUCAUAUAAAUUGAGUGAUGGCACUACGCGUACCGAAGAAGCUGUACUGAAUAAUGCGGGCACAGACAAGGAAUCGAUUUCAAUAACUGGCAAAGUUACCUGGGUGGCACCUGACGGUCAAACUUAUACACUCACAUUCGUUGCGGAUGAAAAUGGCUUCCAACCAGAAGGUGCACAUAUACCUAAGUGAAGUCUCAACUACAAAGGUACUACGGAAAAAAAGUAAAUAUAAAACGAACUCAAUAAUAUUGUGUACAAAGAUUUAUGAAAAAUAAUAAAGUCGGUGUCAUUCAGUCAGUGUAAAAAA